AUGGCGCAGAACGUCGACUGGGUUACCCUCGUCGAGAACUGCCCCGCCGGCGAUGGCUGGGGCCCCUCGGUCACCAGCGACACCACGCUGAACGGCGUCCCCUAUGCGCCCUUCUCCAAGGGCGACAAGCUGGGCCGCAUGGCCGACUGGACUGCCGACGGCAAGGGCCAGGACGGCCGUGGUGGAAGGCAGCAGUACAACAGAAACUACAGGGACCAACAAGUCUACGGCGCGAGCCACGCCGUCACCUUCAACGCCCCCCCGGCGGAAGACGAGUCAUCCUUCUCCGUCGUCAGCAACACACGCGACAGCACCAAGACCAGGUACGGUCGUGGUGCCGUCUUCACUCGCGGCGGCCGCGGCGGCGCUCGUGGCGGCCGUGGUGAUGCCCGCGGUGGACGCACAACGGCAACCCGCGGCGGUGCGGCAGGUGGCCGUGGCGGCUACGGAGGCUUCGACUCGCGUGGCGGACGAGGUGGUGCUGGCGGCCGCGGUGGCCGUCGCUUCGGCUGGAAGGACUACGACAAGCCUGCUCGCAACCGUGACGCUUCCAUCAACAUUCGCCCUGACUGGAAGAUGCUCGAGGAGAUUGACUUCAACCGCCUGGCCAAGCUCAACCUCGAGACAGACGAGGGUGAGGAUGUCGACAGCUACGGCUUCCUCUACUACUACGACCGCUCCUACGACAAGGCGCCGGUCAAGAACGCCGAGAAGAAGCUCACGGCCAUCGACCGUGCCGCCUACAACGUCACGACCUCGUCGGACCCCGUCAUCCAGGAGCUCGCCGAGAAGGACGAGGCUCAGAUCUUCGCCACCGACAGCAUUCUCUCCAUGAUCAUGUGUGCGCCGCGCUCCGUCUACUCGUGGGAUGUUGUCAUUGUCCGCCAGGGCAACAAGAUCUUCCUUGACAAGCGUGAUAACGCCGCGCUCGACAUGGUCACGGUCAACGAGAACGCCGCCGAUGCGCCCCUCGAGGCCUCGGAGGGCAGCAAGGACACUGUCAACCAGCCGUCGGCCCUCGCUGAGGAGGCCACCUACAUCAACCACAACUUUGCCAACCAGGUCGUGCUCGAGGGCAACAGCAAGGUUGACAUGCCCAACAGCAACCCCUUCUACAAUGCCUCCGAGGACACCGACCCUCCGGCCUCCAAGGCCUACAAGUACCGCCGCUUCGACCUGUCGACCAGCGACGAGGAGCCUGUCCACCUCAUCGUCAGGACCGAGGUCGACGCCGUCCAGAAGAACGCCAUCUCCGGCGAAGACCAGUACCUGACCGUCAAGGCGCUCAACGAGUUCGACUCGAAGGCACAGGGUAGCGGUGGCGCCCUCGACUGGCGCCAGAAGCUGGUCAGCCAGCGCGGUGCCGUUGUCGCCACCGAGAUGAAGAACAACUCUUGCAAGCUGGCCAGGUGGACGGUGCAGAGCAUCCUCGCCAAGUCCGAUGUCAUGAAGCUCGGCUUCGUCUCCCGUGUCAACCCCCGCUCCAACGACAAGCACGUCAUUCUCGGCGUCGUCGGCUGGAAGCCCCGCGACUUUGCCUCGCAGAUGAACCUUUCGCUGUCCAACGGCUGGGGUAUCGUCCGCACCAUCGCCGACAUGAUUCUGGCGCGCGAGGAGGGCAAGUACAUUCUCGUCAAGGACCCCAACAAGUCGAUGCUGCGUCUGUACCAGAUCCCUAGCGGCAGCCUCGACGAUGAGGAAGAGGAAGAGGAGGGCGCCGCCGAGGAGGAGGAGGAGGAGGAGUAA